UCCCCUCCCUCCUCCCUCUCCCCUCCCUCCUUCCGCGUGCGAGUGUCAGAGCGGAGCCACUGCGGGAGUGUGCGCUCAGUCAGUUAACGCUGCUGCUGACUUUUACAAGCCGACUCCUCAUUAUCAACGUGUUUCUUUCUACUCGUGCCGUAGUAUUGAGAAGUGCUAGCGGGAUGAGCCAAGCGUGAACGAAGCUGCGUAAAUAACCAGGAAGCUUAUCGGAGAAUGAGCGGACGCGUGUUAAAUGGGAAAAUGCUGCAUCUCCCGGUUCCGCAGCGCACGGGAAGGACAAUGCACUUUCUGUCCAGCUGGGAUGAGAGCAGCUCCAUCAGCAGCGGUUUGAGUGACGGCUCGGACAACCUGAGCUCUGAGGAGUUCAACACAAGCCCUACCCUCAACUCUCUCCCGACCACGCCCAUCAGCUCACGCAGAAACUCCGCCAUCGUGAUGCGGACAGAUGCCGAGAAGAGGUCCCUGGUGGAGAGUGGCCUUUCCUGGGACGCAGACGACUCUAAACCCAGUCGCAAAAGUUUGGGAAGCAGCAUCUAUGAGACCGGCAGCCUCAAGUCCGAAUCAGCCCAGAAAUGGAGGAAGUCAAAGGCACCGGGGGAGGGGCUAGAAGGAGGAAGAGGAGAGCUGAAGAAGCCACAGGCACUAGGCCAAGGAAACAUGCUGAAGAAAGCAAGAAAUCCACCUGUGGGAGUCACCUCUCCAAUCACACACACAGCUCCAAGUGGACUCAAAGUACCAGGUGUGGUGAAACCUGAUGGAAAACCUAUGGAGAAAUCUCGCCUUGCAGUGAAGUCUUCAGGUUUGCAGCGUUCCUCAUCUGACGCUGGUAAAGAGAAGAAUGGCUCUGUUGCAAGUGAGCCACGUAAACCUCCAUCUGGCCUGGUCCGACCCUCGACUGGUGGAAACUUUGGCUUCAAGAAACCGCCCACAGCUACCACUAAUGGGACAAAUAAUAACAGUAUACCCACAGGGAUGAGUACGGCUAGUACCAUACCGAGUGGCUCUGCGACAGUCGGGAAAAGCGCCAAAACAACAGGAAUCCCAGUCAAACCUGCUGGUAGUGGAGGAGGAGGACGCAAGACCAGUCUAGAUGUGUCAAACAGCGAUCAGAGUGGAUUCCUGUCCCCUAACGCGAGGACAUCACUGCAGUAUCGCUCUCUGCCACGUCCCGCCAAAACAAGCACUUUGACCCUUACCCGGCCCAGCUCUGCACGGCCUCUGAGUACCACAGUGGACACCAGCUCUGGCCUGGUCAAACCCUCCACCCCUCAGACAUCUAGACUGAAAGAACCAGGAACAGGGCUGUGUAAACCAGGGAGUCGAGGCAUCCCCAGUCCUGUCAAUCAGACUGAUAGAGAGAAGGAGAAGGAGAAGGAGAGAGCUAAAGCUAAAGCGGUGGUGUCAGACUCAGAGUGUGGGUCACUAAAGAGCAGUCCUGCUUUGACCUCAUGUGAAACCGGGUCAAAACUACAGGGACUGAGACCUCCGAACAAGAGCACAGACAUGUCCUCGCCCAGCACACAAAGGCUAUCUGGGAUACGCAGUCUCACAAAACCAUCCAUGGUCCAUCAUGACAAAGAGAAUAUCAGCCUUGACAUUGGCGUCCAGGACUCACUUCCCCCUAAAAUCCCCCCUUACUCAAAAAUCCAGGACUUGGCUAGCUCCUCCAGCUCCUGUCUGUCCCCCAGCCCGGCCCCUUUACUAAAUGUUAACUCUUCAUCGUGUUUCUCAAGCUCGGGGACAGGCUUAGGCCCUCGGCAGGUGUCCUCCCUCGGGGUUGGGGAGAGUGAAGGCAGCACCUCUCCUCUACUCUACCCGCGGCUGACUGGACUACACCGAAGUCUGGAGUCACUGCCUCUUCAGAUGAGCCUGGCCCCAGAGCCCCAGAGGGAGAGAGAGAGGGAGGCUUUGGUGAGAGGUUACACCACUUUGGAAUCUCGAGACAGGGACAGAAAAGACGAUAGAGCCCCUCCUGCGGGCUGGAGCUCUGCAAGCAAAACAUCCAAGACUGUUACUGAAAGCCCACAGAGAGACAGAAACACUCUCCCUAAAAAAGGUUUAAGUUUUGGAGGUGCCCCACCAGCUGAGGCUGAAGUAAAAGAGAAAGGAGAGAGGAGACAUUCCCAUAGCAUCCUUAGUAUGACCGAUUCUCUCACUCUCCCUUUGUUGUCUUCACCCACAUCUCUGCCUCGGACUUCAAAGACUAAUAUGGUCCCGAGUCCUGUUGGUGGCCCUCCCAGGAUGACCCGCUCCAACAGUAUCCCGACGCCUGACCCCUCCCUGGAGCUGUACACUCCGUCUCCUCUGGGCAGCACUCUUUCUCUGGCUGAACGUCCUCGCAGUAUGGGGAUGGUCCGAUCAGGCUCCUUUAGAGACAAAGACCUCGAUGAGGUUCACGGCUCUGUACUGUCCUUGGCCUCUAAUGCCUCGUCGACUUACUCCUCGGUGAGUGCCAGCCCCAUGCAGAUUCAGCAAAUUCGAAUGCUGAGGAGGGAACUUGAAUCUUCACAGGAGAAAGUGUCCAAUCUGACCACACAGCUCACUGCAAACGCAAACCUUGUGGCAGCGUUUGAACAGAGUUUAGCCUUGAUGACGUCCCGGCUGCAGUCCCUGUCGUUGAGCCACGAGCAGAAGGACACAGAGUUAAUGGAGUUAAGAGAAACGAUCGAGUCUCUAAAGGCCAAGAACGAUGAAGCUCAGGCUGUGAUCCAAGGUGCCUUAAACAACCCGGACAACAUGAAAGAUUUACGUAUUAGACGUCAGAAUUCAUGUGAAAGCAUCUCCAGCCUCAACAGUCUGACCAGUAUGUCCAGUCUAGGCAGUCUCAAAGACCAAGAUGCAAAAAAGAAGAAGAAAAAGAGCUGGCUAAGGAGCUCCUUCAACAAGGCUUUCAGCAUAAAGAAAGGAACCAAAACCUACUCUGACAUUGAAGAAAUCGUCACCCCAGACUCCUCUGCUCCUAAUUCUCCAAAGAUGCUUCAUGAGAGUAUGGACGGGGGUGAAACUGCACCUUUAUCUUUGACAACAUCAGUCUCUACCACAUCUUGUGUGAUUAAUGAGGCAGCUGAGGAGGGAGAGGAGGAGGAGGAGGAGGAGAGGAUGGUGUCUGAUCUGCGCUCUGAACUUUGGGAUAAAGAGAGAGAACUCACAGAUAUCAGACUGGAGGCCUUAAACUCCGCUCAUCAACUCGAGCAACUCAGAGAGGCCAUGAACAAUAUGCAGUCAACAGUAGAGAACCUCAAAGCAGAGAAUGACCACCUGAAAACUGGAAGCAUGCUGAGCCUUGCUGGUCCCACCUCCUCCACAUCGCAACCCUCAGGUCUAGCAUCUCUGCUCGGGACGUCCGGAAAACAACCAACAAGUCUCACAAAAUCCUUCAGCCUCAGUUUGAAUGAUUGUAAAGAUGCUGAUGUGUCAAAUAACGUUGUGGCGAACAAUGCAUUACACAAAGAUGAUGUUUGUGCACAUGUUCUAGUCCGCAUUUGUGACCAACUUGAGGAUGGAAAGCAGCAAUUGUUCUUCCUAGGCUCAGUUCUGGUCAAUGGAAGAACUGACUGGGCGUGUCUAGACUCCAUGAUCACUAAAACUUUUAAAGACUACCUUGCUCAAGUGGAUCCCACAUCCAGCUUGGGUCUCUCAUCUGAUUCACUGCUUAUUUAUCAGCUGACCCAGGGAGUGCAGAGAGUGAUGGGAGGAGACAGACCCCAGAUACUGCCUUAUCGUUGUCUUGGCAGUGGUCAAGCCCAAAUCCUGGUCACUCUGAAAGGCCUUCGAGAGAAAUGUGUGGACGCUUUGGUGUUUGAGACUCUGGUUCCAAAGCCCAUGAUGCUGCACUACAUCAGCUUGUUACUGAAGCACCGGCGCCUGGUCUUGUCUGGGCCCAGCGGCACAGGGAAGACCUACUUGGCCCAGCGCUUGUGCCAUUACCUCCAGCAGCGCAGCCUGUGUGGUCCACUUGAAGCUGAACAAGAGUCCUGUUUCCCAGGACGCACCUCUGCUGUCACGUUCAAUAUGCACCAACAAUCACCAAAGGAUCUGCAGCUGUAUCUGUCAAAUUUAGCAAAUCAGAUCGACAGAGAGAGUGGAGAGCUGCCUUUGGUUAUAAUCAUAGAUGACAUUAGUGAUGCUUCAGCCAUCACAGAGCUUGUAAAUGGAGCACUGACCUGCAAAUAUCACAAAUGUCCUUACAUUAUUGGGACAACAAAUCAGCCUGUGAAAAUGAACUCCAACCACGGCUUGCAUCUCAGCUUCAGGAUGAUUACAUUCUCCAACAAUGUGGAGCCAGCCAAUGGUUUCCUUGUACGAUACUUGCAUCGUAAAGCUGUGGAAACAUACCAGCAGAGGGAGCUAGAUGCCACACAACACCAGGCUUUGAUGCAUGUAUUAGACUGGGUCUCUCAGCUCUGGUACCACCUGCACACUUUCCUGGAAAAACAUAGCACUUCAGACUUCCUUAUCGGUCCUUGCUUCUUCCUGUCAUGCCCAGUUUCAGUAUCAGAGUUUAGGCAGUGGUUUAUUGAUCUAUGGAACCACUCAAUCAUUCCAUACCUACAAGAGGGAGCAAAAGAUGGCAUCAAGGUACAUGGGCAGAAAGCAGUUUGGGAAGACCCAGUGGAUUGGGUACGAGGCACCCUGCCCUGGCCCAAUGCUCAGCAAGACCAGUCCAAGCUCUUCCACCUACCUCCUCCCAGCGUCAGUCUGUCCAGUGAAGACAAGAAACCUCUCAAAGACACUCCUCCCCCAAGUUCUCUGGAGGCAGACCCAUUGAUGGCCAUGCUUCUUAAGCUUCAAGAAUCUGCCAACUACAUUGAGUCUCCAGAACGGGAAGGUAGUUUGGAUCCCACUCUUCAAGCCACACUCUGAGGAUAGUCCACCUGUGGCACUAUGUACUGGGCCUUCUACUGGCAAACAGGAAUGGGAUGGUUGGAGCUGCUAUCUUUGAAAAGACAUUAAAACUGCUCUUGAUGGAAACUGUGAUUUUAUAGGCAAGAAAAGACAUUGACUUGUCAGUUCUCAUUAUUGACUUUAUGGUGCAUGGUAACCAGAGAAAGUAUUAUGCAAAAUCUUUCCAAGAAUCUUCCCCUUUGUAAUUACUGCCAGAAUUCUUUCAAUAAUUAAUGGUGCUUUCUGAAUCAAUGGCUUUGUUUUACUAAAAAAGUCUCCCUAAAUAUAAGCCCGUCACUCCAGCUUAAAUAGCUAAAAAUGCACUUUAUUUUGUACUUCGGAACUGCAGCUGGGUUAGUGACAUUAGAAAGCAUGGGAAAAUAUAAAUGCAGGUUGAUUUUCCACUAGGGGGCAGCACUCACCUAACAACAACAACAACAAAAAAUAAAAUGAUCUGUUUAUGUUUUUGGCUAGUGCAGUUGAAAAAUGUGAAUAAUAAAGACAUGCAUGGAUAUCUACAAUAUGAUGUGAUCUGGACAAAAAAGGUUUAAAGUGUAGACAUUUUGACAGAACACACCAAAUAUGUCUUAAAGCUGAAUGUUAAAACAUGAAAAAAUGGUCUGUCAAAACAGCCUUUUCUGUUUUUGCUUGCAAAUUUAGAUAACAGUUUAACAGUUUCAUAUACACAAUCAAAACAUGAUUUUAUAGAAUUUUAUACUGAGUCAAAGAACUGUCAUCUGUGUCACUUGCAACGGUGCUGUUAUAAAAAAUGACUUAAAAUAACACACUAGAAACUGGUAUCAUGAUAUUUACACGCUGUUAAUCAAAGUGUUGUCACUCUUCCUCUUCCCUUUUCUGCACAUUAUUUUGCACAUGCAGUUAUGUCUGUCAAUACAGUGAGUUUAGUUCUGCUAACUGCUCUGCUGAGCAUUAAUGACAGUGUUGGAAACAAACUGAAUGCUUAAACUGUUAAAAGUAUUGACCCUUUGGUUCUACAGUACCUCACUAGAAUGCGUUUGAUUUACCUCUGUUUUUAAAGCAGAGAUGUGAUGCCUCUGUCUUCUGUUUGUGCCUGAAACACAGAUCAACCUAAUGCUUUUAUGAAGUUAUUGACCACAAUGAGGCCUCGCUAGAGAGUGGUAUUUAUCAUAGGAGGUGACACCACUUCCUCUAGCAUUUUACUUGUCACCUUACUGAAAUGAUUGAUUUUUGUUUUUCUUGGCUGCAGUGAUAGGCAUUUUGUUAACAAAAUUAGUGAGGUGUGAUAUGGUUUUGGUUAUUUUUGAGCCACAAAAUAACUGUGAGUGACAAAGAAUAGAGGGUUUGCUUGAGCGCUGAAAGAGGAGAAUGGGAGAUGUAAUUCUAGCGCAUGUGCCCCUAAAAUAAUCCCAAAGUAUCCUUUUAUUGGACCUAUACCAUAGUUAAUUUAUGUCAGAAGGGAGGGGGGAUUUUUAAUAACUGGAUAUCUUUUAUUUGUUCAGUUUUCUUAUGCAAAUAUUUGUAUAUGUUCUUUUCUCUUUUGUACAUGCAUUACUCCUGUAUAUCAUUGUAAAUAGUUUGUGCAUCUGCGACAACAAUCAUUCAAAUGUGUCGAGAGCUAAAUUAUGGCCUGACCCUUGUUUGUAAAUUGGUUGUAUAGUCCUCCUCUUAUACAAAGGGGAAGAAGCACUUGGUUUAAUGGGGUCUGGUAUGAGUUGUAUGGCAUGUCUCUAUAACCUCAUCAAACUCAUAUGUCUAACAUGAAGCAUUGAUCACAAUAAAGUCAUGCCAUUCUUCAAGUCA